ACCUCUAUGCGAGUUCUGUGGAGUGGUGAGAGCGGUUGUUUAUUGUAAAUCGGAUUCAGCCCGAUUGUGUUUACAGUGCGAUGGCCGCGUUCACUCCGCUAAUUCGUUAUCUCGACGCCAUCUUCGCUCUUUACUUUGUGAUAACUGUAAUGCUCAACCAGCCAUUGUUCGUUGUAUGGAUGAUAAACUCUCUCUCUGUCAAUCCUGUGAUUGGAACAACAACCCAACUCCCACCCCAACCCCAAUGCCCUCCUCCUUCUCACAUUCUUCAUUCUUACUCCGGUUGUCCUUCCAUGCCUGAUUUCUUCCGUUUCUGGUCUUCUGAUCCCUCCUCCCUUCCUCCUCCCCAUUCCUGGUUCCCCCCUCCUCCUCCCCCUCAUUUCCCUUUCUCAACCACCCCUUUUCAUCUUUCCGAUCCUCACUCCAAGGGUUGUUCUGAUUUUAAAGAUGUUACUACCACCACUACUGCUGCUGAUGCUACUCAUGAUCAUGAUGAUUUAUGUGAAGCUUUGAAUCUUGAUGAUGUUUCACUUCAUUUGGAUAACAAUGAGGAUGAGUUGUUUGGCUGUCCUCAAGGUACUACUAUCAAAUGUCAAUUUGAGGAUGGAGAAUUGGAUUCUCUUUUAAUGGAGAAGAAUUUCUUUGAGGUUACUGAUUCUAAUGCUCCUCCUCCUCCUCCUCUUGACAAUACCAUUGAGGAUAUAUCAUCUGUACAACAGGAUUUUAUCGGAUUUCAAUCGUCUCAAGAGGGGGUUUCCAUUAACAUGAUUCAAAAUGGCAAUUCCAAUUGUAUGCUUAUGAAUCCUAGUUGUAAUGGAAAUAUCAACAUUGGAUUUCCUCCUACUGCUCAGGUUCAUUCUAGCAUUUCGCUCUCUCUCUCGAAUAUGACUGGCGAAAGUAGUGUUGCUGAUUAUCAAGACUGUGGGUUAUCGCCGGCGUUUUUGACAGAAGCUUCGUGGGAUCCUAGUAUGGAAGGUAUUGGUCCACAAGCAAAGGAUCGGAAUAGGGAUAAAGCCAAGAUGAGAUACAAUGAAAAGAAGAAAACAAGAACGUUGAUUUGGGAAGCAAAUAAGAUAUGCAUCUCGCAAAGCCAGAGCUGAUACUAGAAAAAGAGUUAAGGGUCGAUUUGUGAAAGCAGGCGAAGCCUAUGACUAUGAUCCUCUUGUGACGAGAAACUUUUGAGCCAUGAUAAAGAAUUUCAAUUCCAGAUUUCUAGACAAAUGCCAUAUUGAACAAGGUUGUAGAUAAAGAUGUAGCCAUAGCCGCCAGAAGCUUCAUAAUCGGCAGAUAGUGUGAAGAAUAAUUGUCCAUACAAGAAUGGUUCUAAAUUUCCCUGAAGAGCAAUGGUGAAAGAUUUUCCAGAUAGAGGUGGAAACAAAGUGAUAAAGAGACCUUCAAGGGACAAUAUUAGUACAUCAUUUUUAGCCUCUUGCCUUUUCACCCACGCAAUUCAUCGGUUACUGGGCAAAGAAGCAACUCAUUUUUUCAUUAGUAUAUAAAUAAGAUUAUUCUUUCUUUCACUCCCACGUAAUCUGUGUUGGUCACUGUUUGGCAGAGUCGAUAGUCUCUGAGAGUAUAAUAAAAACAAUUUUGAUCAUAAUAAUAAAUAAUACAACUUCCAAUCUCCUCUUUUCAGGUACUAAUUUUUGCAUUUUUUGCCCAGAAAACAACAGCCUUUGAUAGCGAUUUUGUUUUUUUUCUCGUGUCUGUUUUUAAAAUCUUCUCUAAUCUAACUUAACAACAAAACUUAAACAAACCAGCAACUUGGGGUUGCAACAAACAAACAAAUGUACAAGAAUUUCACCCCUGUUUCUUUGCAGUAUGAUUACAAAAGCCAUUUUUGCUAGACUAAAGAAAGAAAGAUUGGAAGACAAACAGAGAUUGAUGAAGAACAUGAAAGAUUUUACAAAAA